AUGACAGAAUUGGAAGAAAGGGUUCGCAAAUCAUAUUCAGAAUUCAUAAACCUCAAAAAAGAUGAGUUCAUCAGAAUGCUAGUAAUCGAUGGUUGCUUCAUUCUUGAGCUUUUUCUCAGGAGAGAUAAAUGGGAACAAUACCGUGAAGAUCCCAUAUUGAGUAAGACAUGGAUGUCUCGUACCAUAAUGAGAGAUCUCAUCUUACUUGAAAACCAACUUCCUUUCUUUGUGCUUCAGAAAUUAAAAAUCCUUCUCAAUCGAGGUAACAGUGAAAUUCGUGCUACCAACCUCACUGAUCUUGCUGAGCUUUUCUUUCGUGGAAUCAUGUUACAUAGACCUGAAAGCUUAGGAACCCUUUAUUUAGAAGGACUUUUUAAGCGUCAGAGUCUAUUAGAUUUGGAAGAAUUGGUAAAAAAUGAAGAAUCUGAAGAAGAAUCUCAAGGAAAAAAGCAUUUGCUUGAUCUUGUAAGACAUCUCCACUUGCCAACAUCACCAACUACAUCAGAAAAUCAUGGGAAAUUCAAACGUAUUCACAGUGCAACAGAGCUCAAUGAAGCCCAUGUCAAGUUUGAAUUGGGCUCACAAACAUGUUUGUUUGACAUAAUUUUCACCUCGGAAACUUUGGAAAUGAAAAUUCCACCUAUAAGAAUUGGGGACUGGACAGAGUCUUUACUCAGAAAUCUCAUUGCCUUUGAACAGAGUCACAGUGAUUGUACCAAAUUUGUUACAGCUUAUGCAGCUUUCAUGGAUGGUCUCAUUGUUUCUCCCAAGGAUGUUGAGUUGCUUGAGAAGAAUGGAAUUAUUGAUAACUUCAUUGGUCGUCCUGAAAAGGUAGCUGAAUUGUUUAACAAGCUUCUUGAAGAGGUUACUAUACCUUUGAAUGAUUUUUACUUUUCUGGGAUUAGUGAAGAAGUGGAGAAAUAUUAUGAGAUGAAUGCUGCAAGUUCGACGACGCGUUUUCGUUUCAACACUUCAUGGGGAUUUAUUCAUUCUUUGUUAAAACAGAUUUUCUCCUUUACUCGUAAGAACAACUCACCAGCUUCUGAGGAAUGA